GACGGCUGCUCGUAUCUGAUUGGUCGCUUCUCCCCGUCAAAGGACAAAAGCUCCCGGCUUGAAAAGCGGACCGGGCUGAGCAUAGAGCGUUGGGAAUCCGUGGGCGCGUGUCGUGUGAGCAGUGCGCUGGAAAGACCUCGCUCGGGACCAAGUCGACGUCGCGCUCGCGUUAAAUCUGUCGUUUUGUUUCGCUCGUUUUAAAUUUCGUUUUAUUUUCUACGAAGGAUCGGAAAGCAGACCGUCAACAGAAAGUGAAGACGCAUCGAGGGAAAAUGCUGCCACCGAGUGCCUGCCUGUUCUUGGUAGCUGUGGCCACCCUGGGGGCUGUUCCGGACGCCGCCACUGCUCUCGAAUACAUCUUCACGGCGCCUGGAUAUGUAAGCCCGGGCACGACGACCAAGUUUUACGCCGUGGUCCGCAACCCUAAGUCCGCGGGCACGCUGGACGUCGAGCUCUGGGACAGGACCAGCCAGCCUGGACGCACGGACACCAAACUCGCCAGCAAGACGUAUCAGUUCGAAAACAAGGAUACCGAGACCGAGCUGGAGUUUGAGGUGCCCCAGACGAGACGCAACGUCUACUACAACCUUCGCCUGCGCGUGGUCGGAAAGUUUGGAGGCGCCACUUUUGAGAAUGAGACCUACGUCUACUUGCGGACUCCCAACGACUUUGUGGUGCUUGUGCAGACAGACAAGCCCAAGUAUCGCCAAGGAAGCACGGUAAACUACCGGGUGGUCCUACUUACCAAGAAGUUACUGCCUGUGGUCAACCAGAAGGUCAACAUUUCCAUCUCCAACCCCUUCAGUCAACUGCUGUCCUCUCAGCAAGAAGUGCAACUUGAAGAUGGGCUUUUCCAGGGCUCUUACAAGCUUCUUGAAAUUACUGAGGAAGGGUCUUGGAGUAUUAAUGUCCAGGCAGGCAACUCUCAGGGGUCAACCAGUUUCCAAGUGGAAGAUUAUGUAUUGCCCAAGUUCUUUGUGAGCAUUACUCCCGAUGCCAAUGACGUCCAAACCAACCCUACUGUGGAUUACAAGAUCUGCGCCAAGUACACCUAUGGCAAGGACGUCAAGGGAGCUGUAGAGGUGUAUGCAUCUUCCUUCAGCUACUACUAUCCCAUUGGCCAGAAGCCCGUGAUCCUCCGUGUUGCAGAGCUUGACGGUUGCUACAACUACACUCUGAAUGUUUCGCUGCUCAACACGAAGAAUUUCACCUACUCGUACUAUCCUUCUAUCAACAUCACUGCCAAAGUCUUGGAGAAGGGAACUGGCGUCUCGGAGACAGAGACUACCCUCCACAAUCGUAAUCGAGAACGCCUCAGGCUCAACUUCAACCAGAAGUAUGGCUCAAGGAACACUCUCUUUGUCAGCAGCGACAACACCUUCAAGCUCAACAUGGCCUACAAGGGCCUGCUGUUUGUCCAGAAGCUUGACGGAACGCCCCAGCCCCAGGAGACCAUCCAACUCUGCCUGUUUGUGGAGUGCGAAGUGUACAAGUGGCGUGCGUGGCAGACAAAACGGAUCCUGUCGUGCCGCAACUACACCUCGGACAAUGAUGGCGUCGUCCGCUUCAGCCUUCCUCAGUACGGCACCAGGGUGACCUCCCUCAGCGUGGAGGCACUUGCCGUCGACUUCCCGAGGAUCGUUGUCAAGAAUGGCCCAACGCUGGAGAAGCCCUCCGCACUGCUGACCCUCAAGCCUUUCUAUUCGCCCUCUGGGAACUCGCUUCUUAUCGAUCGCCGCCAGACCACAGUCCUGGAGUGCAGGGCUACGUUUUCACCGCAGAUACAGAUGACUGCCCAGGCCGACAAGGAUUACAAACUCUUCUUUACGCUCACAUCGAGUGGCCGCGUCUUGGACUCUCGGAGCACCACCAGACGCUUUGCAUUGGGCGAGCUCAUCCAGGAGUCUGCGGAUAACACCACGAUCCAGAAUGAGGGUGCUCCGCCAGAGGGGAGUGUGGAGCCUACGGCCGGCGAGAACCCGACGCCCCACAGUGUGGCCGUCUUCACCUACGAAGCAACUCUCCCCGAAGAUGCCAGCCCCAAGGUCCAGCUUCUCGUGUACUACGUGCUCCGGGACGCCCAAGGGAACCCACUGGAAGUGGUCUCGGACUCGGCCGAGUUUGCAGUUGACAAGUGCCUAGAAAACAAGGUCUCCCUGUCCUUCUCUCCGGACCAAGCCCUUCCGGGCUCCAAGGUGAGCGUGGAGCUGUCGGCAGAGAGCAAGUCCCUGUGCGGAGUGGGCGCCCUGGACAGCAGCGUUACCCUCCUGGACGGAUACGACCGCAUUUCCAGAAACGGGGUCUUGAACACGAUCAGCAACCUGAAUUACGAGUACUCUCGCACCAACCUCGUCAACCAAAGCUACUGUUACGAAGACGGCUACAGGUUCAACGAGCCUUACGAUACCGAGAGCCCAGCAUCUUCUGGAAGGAGCAAGCGCCAAGUGUUGGCACCUAACGUCGCACCAAGCUACGAUUCGCUCACCUCAUUCGAGAAUGCCGGAGUGGUAGUGUUCUCGAACCUGGCGAUCCAGACGCGGCCGUGCAACAACCGUGCCUUCCCAGGCUACCCCAACAAGCAGGCGCUGCCCUCCCGCUCCUACCAGCCGUCCUUUGGCGGCGGCGGAUUCGGCGGUGCCCUACGUCCGGAUGACGGGGCGAUCGAAGAGGAUGCCGAGGUUCAGUUUGAAGUUGCAGAUGCCCAGAAAGUGGCUGCGUCACCUGCUGCCUUUGCGCCAAGCGCCCCAAGACCACCAUCGGGACAGGCAGCCCAGGGCACGCACUCCAUUCGCACCCUCUUCCCCGAAACUUGGCUCUGGCAGAUCAAAAGAGUCGGGGAGGACGGCCAGUUGGUGUACGAGGAAACUCUUCCAGACACCAUCACCCGCUGGGAGGGCAGCGCACUGUGCCUGCACCCAGAGGCCGGCUUUGGCAUCUCGCAGCUGGCCAAUGUGACUGGCUUCCAGCCCCUGUUCGUCAGCCUCACACUGCCCCAGUUCAUGAAGCGUGGCGAAGUGGCCAACGUCAUCCUGACUGCGUUCAGCUACGUCGACAAGUGUGUCGCUGUGCGGGUCCAUCUGGAGUCUGUCGGAAACCUGGAGGUUGGGAGCUCCCCCAACACGACGGACGCACUGCUCUGCCCCGGGGGCUCGGCAUCCUUCACCUACGGAGUCAGGGCAACCAAGCUGGAGACUGCGCGCCUCAGGGCCACGGUUGCCACGCGUCUGGACGCCCAGAGCGACUAUCCGGGCACCGACCUCUACAACGUCAACUCGAGCGACACCGUGCUGCAGACCAUCCAAGUUCGGCCGGAAGGAUUCCCUGUCAGGGAAGUGGACACCUAUCUGCUUUGUGCUUCUGAUGAAGCCGGAAGCAAUGCUCCAAAUAGUCUCAAGAUCUCUCUCCCAACUCCAAAUGCCCUCGUAGAAGAUUCUGAGAAAGUCGUCCUUGUGGCCACAGGAGACAUCCUGGCUCUGGAAGUGAAAGACCUCUCCGUUCCCAAGCUGGUGUUCACCAGUGCUGAAGGAACACUGGCAGUCCUGGCAUCGAGUGCCUACCUGCUCCGCUACCUGGAAGCCACCGGAGCUGACACUCCUGACCUCAGGUCCCAGCUGCUGUCGAGGAUUCAGCAAGCUUAUCAGUCGCAGUACGGUUUCCGUUCGUCGGACGGCUCGUAUGGCCCCUACAGCUCGAGCGAGUACCCUCGUAGCGUGUUUCUGUCGGCCUUCGCCGUGAAGGCACUCACGGCGGCCAAGCCAUACAUCGGCAGCGUGGACUCGGAGAUUCAGAGGAGCAUCCAGUACGUCCUGCAGCAGAGGGACCGGAACAACGGCUGCUUCCAGACACUGUCGCCCAGCGGUCCCUUCAAUGGAAACUACAAGAAUGGAGCGGACCUGAGCCUGGUGGUAGCCAAUUCUCUUCUCGAAGGAGGCUACAAUGACAGCACAGUCUACAAGGCGGUGCUGGAGUGCGUGGAUGCCGACAACCUGCCAUCCAACCACACCUUGGCCCUUAACGCCUACUUCUCGGCGCUCAUCGGGGAGGACGCCAGGGCCACCAACACUCUGAACAAGCUCCUUCAGCAGGCCGAUAAGAAUGGCGGCCUGACUACCUGGGACGACGGAAAGACUGACACUGCUGGCUAUGCCAUCUUGACCAUGAAGGCCCUUGGUCAAAACCUUGGGGCUGCUCAACCCAUAGUGCGCUGGCUCAUGCAGCAGGUCUUUGCACGAUACUCCUUCUCCUACUCACAGGCGUACAGCGUGGCCGUCCAAGGCCUGACGGAGUACUCCCGGGUGGCCUUUGCCACACCCACCGACCUGACUGUGACGGUGGAGGACUCGCAGUCAGGCGCCACUCCUCCUGAGACCUUUGCAGUGUCCGAACAGAACAAGCUUGUCUACCAGGAGAAGCUGUUGAACAAGCGCCAGUCCUACGACCUUGAAGCCACCUUGAACAAAGGCAGCAAGGGUUGUGCAGCUGUUCAGGUGAAAUACUACUACAACUCGAAGAACAGUCCUGUGCAUAAGGGGCUUCAAGUCAAUGCUACGUCAUCCAGCGUGGAUUGCGGAACACUUGCCUUGGACAUUUGUGCUCGUUACACCGAAGGAUUCCUGAGUUCCGCUGCAGUUGUUGAGAUUUCGCUGCUUACUGGAUUUUCAGCUGAUGACCAGUCUUUGAAGGAGUUGGUGAAUGCCGGCGUGAUCAAAAAGUAUGUUGUUACUGAUAACAAGAUUCAGCUGCUUAUUCAACAGCUCUAUGUGAUGGAAACCUGCUUCCGUGUUUUGGAGAAAAGAGACCUCCAGGUUUCUGACGUUCAGCCUGGAGUCGUCGAGCUCUUUGACUAUUACCGCUACCAGUACAAAGCCUCGGCAUCUUACGAAGUCACCGAGAGGUGCACCCCCACUGAACAGGGCCCGUCUAUUAGCGACAACGAGAUCGGUGAAGACGUCGUCACAUUCCAGUGAUCUGCGCGGAGAUUUUCCGUAGAUCUUGCCAGCCAAAGACUGGCAGACCAAACAUUCUGUGGGAUCUUGCAAUGGUUUCAGUCGUUUUGUGCCUUCAUGUUUUCUUCCAUCUCGUCCUUUCCUGUGCCAUCAAUAAAUUGUGAAUCGCAUUUUUA